AUGGUUCCAGGUGCAGCGGCGGGCUACGUCGUCGCCAGCCCUUCCAAGGCCAACCCGAACUACUUCUAUACAUGGUCAAGAGACUCGGCUUUAACAUUGAAGAUGAUUGUUGACGAAUUCCUUUUCGGCGAUACCUCUGUCCAACAAUACAUUGAGGAUUAUAUUCAUGCACAGGCUGUCCUCCAGACGGUAUCCAAUCCGUCAGGAACCUUGCUGCCAGCAGGGACUGGUCUUGGGGAGCCAAAGUUCAACGUCGACGGCACUCGUUUCAACGGCAACUGGGGUCGCCCCCAGCGAGAUGGACCGGCACUCCGAGCCAUUGCUAUCAUCACAUACUCGAACUGGCUCAUCGAGCAAGGAGAGACAGACAGAGUGAAGACCGUUAUCUGGCCUAUCAUCUCCAAUGAUUUGUCUUAUGUCGGACAAUAUUGGAACUCUACCGGCUUCGAUCUUUGGGAAGAGGUAUCAGGCUCAAGCUUCUUCACAACCCAGAACCAGUACCGCUCAUUGAUCGAAGGCGCAGUUCUAGCGGAGAAACUUGGUGUCACUUGCACUGGGUGCGAUGAGGCACCUCAAGUCCUAUGUUUCCUACAGACAUAUUGGAAUGGGGAAUACUUUAUUGCCAACAUCAACACCAAUACUCAAAGGUCUGGCAUUGAUGCGAACACAGUCCUUGGCGCUAUCUCUGUCUUCGACGUAGAUGCUGCCUGUGACAACCCGUCUAUCCAGCCUUGCCACAGCCGUGCCUUAUCAAACUUCAAGGCAUUCGUCGACACCUUCCGCAAUAGUAGUCUAUACCCCAUCAACGCCGGCAUCAACUCAACCAGCGGUGUUGCUCUUGGACGAUAUGCCGAGGAUGUCUACUACAAUGGCAACCCCUGGUAUCUCAUCACUCUUUGUGCAGCUGAGUUUCUGUAUGACGCCGUUGCGCAGUGGGAUAAGCAGCGCUUCAUCACCGUGGACUCCACCUCUCUUGCUUUUUUCCAAGACCUGUAUCCGGAAGCCAAGGCCCAGACAUAUAAGCGGUGCCACAAGACCGACCCAUACCGACAGAUCCUCAACGCUGCUACCGCUUACGCCGACUCCUUCGUGGCAGUGGCCCAGCGCUACACGCCAGCCAACGGCUCUCUGUCAGAGCAGUUCAACAAGAACCCUCCAGGGGAACCCCUCUCCGCGUACGACUUGACAUGGUCCUACGCUGCAUUCGUAACCAUGGCAGAGCGCCGCGCGGGCCAAUAUCCACCGGGCUGGACCGCGAGCGUCGUUGAGCCACCUACGAAGUGCGAGGCUUCGUCCACACGGGGCACGUACUCCCCGGCUGUGGCAGCGGGCGCGCCUAACGUCACAUCGACGUGCACGAGCAACGUACUCUUCAUCGUUAACGCGACGACGUACUACGGCGAGAACAUCUAUGUCACCGGCAACACUACUGACCUGGGCUCGUGGAACCUCGACAACUCCCAGCCGCUGCUGGCAAGCAACUACACGUCUGAGAGACCGGAGUGGUACGUCCAGCUGGCCAUGACGGCGGGCGAGACGGUCACGUACUCGUAUGUGCGCCAGGAGGACUGCGGACAGCCGUACAUCUGGGAGACGGUGAACCGAACUCUCACGGUACCUGAAUGUACGGAUGAAAGCGGCACCGACACGACACCGCAGCUAACGACGGACGAUGCAUGGACAGGACCGUUGGGAUCAAGCGGUGGAUGUUAA